UGAGCCGCCGCCGCCGAAAAAUCGUUCCGCUUCGUUGUCUGCUUGUGUGUAAUGAAUUGAUUAAAGAAAAUUUUCUGAAAUUUCAUUUUUUUCAUUCCUAAAAGUAUUCCGCAAUAUACAAACGCGAAAAUGUUUGAAACGAGAAUCAGCAAAGGAUAAAUUCUAUAGAUUUCGCGUUAGAUGUAAAAAAAGAAUAAAUUAAAAGUGAAAAUCUUCUGGUUUUGCUCUGAAGUCACGACGAAAGCGAGUGGCCUUAGUUGGUUUGGUUGCCACUAAGGUAAAAAAAUUGUGUACGUUUAUUCGGUAUUGAUGGUGGUGGCGGUGGUGGUAGUCGACCAUCAUCAUCAUCGCGAGCACUGCGAUUCUGUUAACCCUAUACCAAAGAGGAAAGUGUUUGUUUGAAUGUAAAAAAACAUUGUUUUACAAGCUGAUAUCAAAGUGAAAAUCAAAGGAUACCGAAUUGGCAGUGUCUUGUUUAAAAUAAAACACCAAUAUACAACAACUUCGCUCAAAAGAUAUAAAAACUAAUUAUAUUGGUUGCAAAACGAUUUUUCCAAGAUUAUUGUGCUUGCUACAUCCAAGUUUCAACAUACAGUAACAAAACAUGAUCAUACAAGAGCCUGUACAGGCUGCCAUAUGGCAUUGUCUUAAUCACUAUGAUCACAAGGAUGCAGUAUUUUUGGCUGAACGUUUAUGCUCCGAAGUGGAGACAGACGAAACCAUUUUCAUCUUAGCCACAAGUUAUUACAGAUCAAAUCUCAUACAUCAAACGUAUUGGCUGUUACGUGAAAAAUCUCGUCGUUCUCCCCAAUGUCGUUUCCUACAAGCAAAAUGUGCAUACCAACUAAAGAAAUACUCCGAAGCUGAGUGUGCUCUAACCAGUAAUGGCUUUGGUGACAUGAAGAACAGCUUUGAGGACAUUAUCAAGGAGUUUGGCGAAAUUGCAUGCUUCGUCUUACAGUUGAUCGCACAGAUCUGUGUCAAAACGGAACGUAAUAAAAUCGCGGCAAUGGCGUUACGAAAGGCCCUUAAACUGAAUCCAUUUAUGUGGCAAGCAUUUGCCGAUCUAUGCCAAUUGGGCGAAUAUCCAGAUGCCAAUAGUAUAUUUCAAAUACCCAACACAGAUAUUUUCAACACCUGCCAAGGCAAUAUCAAUACCAGUUCGAUGAUUCUCUUUGGUGGUGGUGGUGGUGGAGCGGGAAAUUUAAACGAAUGUGGUAGUAUGAACUAUUCAAAUUUUGGACCAGCAAAUUCAACGGAUGGAGGCUUUGUUAGCCAAUUGUGUAAUAGUUCAAAUUAUAUACUCUCCACACCCGUAGAACAACAAAUCCAGCCACCGACAAAUAACAAUGGCCUGGGCGCUUUGCAGAAUCUGAUCACACCAAAUAAUAACAACAACAAUCUAAAUAGUUCCAUAUCAAUGCUUAGAGGUACCACGACAGGAAUGAACGUUGGCAAUGGCCUGAAUCAAAAUCUGCAGAAUGCCAGUAUGAUGAUGUUGGACGACACACCGGUUGGUUAUACUGCAAAUUCUGAGCAAACAGGCGGUUUAAACACACAAGGGGGCGAUGGUGGUGGUGCUGGUACACCAUUCCGCAAACAAUUCAAAUAUCUGUCAGCUAUGUCACCUACAACGCCCAGUUUCGGUGUAUUGCCCAUUAACAGUCCGUGCGGUGGGGAUUCAUCGUUUUUGGGUAGUUUCAGUGGUGCUGGUCACACACAAUCAAAUCUCAACAUAACAAACUCACCCUUGCCCCAGACAUUGGCCGAAGUGAACCAGGAACAGAAAGUUAUAGGUAAAAAGAUGAAGGGCCAUGUUAGCAGUUUGAUAAAUCGCAAGGAUACUUCAUCGAACUCUGGAAGUGGCAGCAAACCAGCCGUGUUCACACAAACUGGAAACAUAACACCACGAACUCCUAAUAAUACAGGAAACGCUUCCAGCGGUACAAAUAUUCCUAACGCUGCAGUGAGGCGUAGUUCGCGUCUCUUUAGUCAUAGUGGAUAUUCCGUAAAAGAGAACAACAAAUCGCCAAAUAUAUCGAACAAAUUUGUGCAGCCUCGUUCACCGCCACGCAAAACUAAAACCCGCAUGGGUAAAAUUUGUCUAAACAAUGAACUGAUUGAAGACAAAUCAAACAGCAAUCAAAGUAAUAACGAAAAGAUUUCGGAUAAAACUAUGCGUAAAGACAAGGAAAAGGUUGAGACCAUAACAUCAGCGCAGUCAGCAACAAAUCGCACCUCGGAGGACGUCAAAGUGCAACUGAACAAUAGUCUUAAUAAUGCCCAAACAGUGGCCCAUCAUUUGCUAUCGCUAAAGAAACAGUCAGCCGAUGGUCUUAUGGCACUGCUCAGAGACCUGGGCGAGGGCUAUAAGCUUUUGGCUCAUUUUCAAUGUAAAGCCUGCAUUAAGCACUUAGAGUCUACAAUUCCAAAACAUCACUUUUCCGCCAGUUGGGUGCAAUCGCUAAUUGGGAUGUGCCACUAUGAGUUGAGGGAGUAUGAAAACGCCGUUGCGAUAUUUAAGCGUAUACAUGAGCAAGAACCCUACCGCUUGGACUACAUGGAAAUAUAUUCCUCCUCGUUGUGGCAUCUCCAAAAAGAAGUUAGCCUAUCUGCAUUGGCCCAAGAUUUAAUAAAUCAAAAUAAAACUUCGCCCAUAACCUGGUGUGUGGCUGGAAAUUGUUUUUCGUUGCAUAAAGAACACGAGACUGCAAUUAAGUUCUUUAAGCGAGCCGUGCAAGUUGAUCCCGAGUUUGUCUACAGCUACACACUGUUGGGUCAUGAACUUGUUUUGACCGAGGAACUAGAUAAGGCUAUGGAUUAUUUCCGCGCCGCAGUUGUAAGAGACCCACGUCAUUAUAAUGCCUGGUUCGGCAUCGGCACGAUAUACUCGAAGCAGGAAAAAUACGAACUGGCUGAGUUACAUUACAUCAAGGCCUUGAAAAUCAAUCCACAAAACUCAGUUAUUCUUGUCCACAUUGGAGCUAUGCAAUACUUUAUGCAGAAGAAGGAACAGGCAUUACAAACACUUAACACAGCUGCCACUCUAGAUCCUAAGAAUCCCUUGGCCCGUUUCCACCGAGGCUCCAUUUACUUCUCAUUGGGUCGACAUCAAGAAGCCCUCAAAGAACUGGAAGAACUCAAAGAGAUCGUACCCAAAGAGUCAGUGGUGUUCUAUUUAAUAGGAAAAAUUCAUAAAACAUUAGGCAACGUAGACUCAGCUCUUAUGCACUUUAGCUGGGCCACCGAUUUAGAUCCCAAGGGAGCCAACAAUCAAAUAAAGGAUGCCUUUGACUCGAUGUCGAAUCCAUGCUGCCCCUCCACCAUGAACGAGCCCGGUUUAGAUGCCGACCUAGAACCCAUUUCGGAGCGUUCAGACGAAUCGACGCAAGCUCAAGACGUCAACUAUGAUAGCGACUUUUAAGAAGCCACCAAACAUCGUACAUUUUCUAAAGCAACGACUGAUCGAGCGAGGGCGUAAUCCUGUUGGCUGAGUUGUGACGAAGUUGAAUAGUGAAAAAAUGCAACUUGUAAUAUUGUUUUCUUUAUGCUUUCGUUUACUACCUUUUUUGUUGAUUUUAUUUUUAAUGCUAUUAUGAUUAUAUAUAUAGUUUAUUCCCUGGGCCCCUUUUGUGUGUAUUUUGAGCUAUGUAAAACAUUUAUCAGUUAAUUAAAACAAUUUGUAAUUUUCAUUUCUUGCUAUAACUAUACCAUAAACAUUAAUCACUUUAAACUAAAUCAAAUAAAAUAAAAAGAAAA